CCUAAACAAUCUUCGACGUUAAACUGACUCGUCGGUCGACAUUUUCGGCACAGCAUCAUCAGCGCUGACGUGGAGACUACGUGAGCGAAGGCACAGGCCGUCCACCCACCCUGUAAUUAGUGACGAGUCAGACUACGUAAAACUUCGGUGACUGACUAUGGAUACUACAGUAUCGUCUCAGCUGGACAGCAGUUUGAACGACUCGAUGACAGACGGAGAGGAGAACAACAAUGAAGUCAGUUCAUCUCCUGUAGCUCCCACGCAGGUUUCGGUGGCAGCGGAGUCUCCGGGUGUAACGGUUGUCCAGCUGUCUGACGGUCAGACCUUGCAAGUCCAAGGCGUCAUUCAAGCUCCUCAGACCUCCGUCAUACAGUCACCGCAAGUUCAAACCGUCGAGAUCGCGACCGCAGAAGAGCUGGAGGAAGGCGAGUCGGUCACAGACACACAGAAGAGACGAGAGAUCCUCUCCAGGCGUCCGUCUUAUCGAAAAAUCCUCAAUGAGCUUUCAUCGGAUUCGCCGGCGGUUCCUAAAAUCGAUGAAGAGAAGGUAGAUGAGGACGCGUCGAUCUCCGGCAAGGCCUCAGCGUCAGAGCCGACCUCCAUCUACCAGACCAGCUCGGGACAAUAUAUUGCGAUCACCCAGGGGAGAGCCAUCCAGCUGACCAGCCCUGGAGCUGAAGCCCUUCAGGGGGGACAGACCCUGACUGUAGCCAACUCCGCCACCCCGCAGCCUGGAGCCACCAUCCUACAGUGUGCGGCUCAACCCGGAGACUCGCCUCAGCAGUUCUACAUCCAGGGAGGACAGGUGCUCAUCCAAGCUGCCACUGGAGACAUACCCGCCUACCAGCUGAGGUCACCCAACUCGGGCCUGGCUCAGAGCAUCGUGAUGGCCGCGUCACCGGGCUCCAUGCAGAGCCCGUCAUCGCAGCACGCCGAAGAGAUCACCCGCAAGAGAGAAGUGCGGCUGAUGAAAAACAGGGAGGCAGCUCGUGAAUGCCGCAGGAAAAAGAAAGAGUACGUCAAAUGUCUGGAAAACCGCGUGGCCGUGUUGGAAAACCAAAACAAGACCCUGAUUGAAGAGCUGAAAGCACUGAAGGACAUUUAUUGCCACAAAGCCGAGUAGUGGCGGCUAUUUGUGGUCACGGGCUGAAGACAGAGCCGUUUACAAACUGCUACAGCAAAACAAAAAAAGAAAAGACUCUGGAACAAAAACUGCUUUGACUGUCUUUGUUUCUCUGCUCACUCAGGCCUGGUUUAUGCCGAAUUCAGAAGUGUCCCAGGGAAUUCGAAUCGCUUGAGCUUGCCAGUUUCGCUCUUGUUCUUAUCUUGUGCUCUUUGCAUGUGAAGACUCAAAAGUGUCGUACACACUAUGCUUGCUGUUGCUGUUGUGCACGGGCAAAGCCAGCCAAUGAGAGCCAGCUGAAGAAGAGGAACAGGAAGAGGAAAUACAGGUGCUUCCUGAAGAUGUACCGCUUAAGUACAGAGAUUACGAAAAAAAAAACCAUUGGUGCGUCAGCCAGGUCUCACUACCAGCAAGUCUCUCUGAGGUCAGACGCGGGUGCACACAAAGCUACGCAGAUCCACCACCAGCUGCAACAAGCUAACUCAACCGUGUUUACCUGAUAAUGUCAUUUGUGUCAUUUCUGCUUCUGUUUUUUUUUUUUUUUUUUGGUCGUUUCAUGCAUUCCUUCAUGCGAAAACACAAUUAAGGAGAAAUUCUUUCAAGAGUUGCAUUUUGUCAAUGAAGUGAUUUCCUGGAUUUCAUCAACUUGUUUUUUUAGUUUGUAUAGAAGUUUAUUGGUUUGGUCAAAAAAAGGGUUUUUAAGAAACACGAGUGAACAAUCAUGAUUUCAAGUUUAAAAACCUUCUUAAGUUUGGCUUUUUAUGUGCAAGACUUCAGAAUAUGUUUCAGGCAAAGGUAGAGACGCUGAAUCAGAAGCUGUUUAGCAAAAGUUAUUGAAUAUAAGAAUAUUUUUUCAUUAAUGAACUCAGAAGAUUCUAAUAUUUGAAACGACAGAGCAAAACCGCUCUUAAGUCAAAGCACAUUAAGUACCAAAGUAUCCAUGUAAACAUUAUCAGACCUUUACUUGAAGAGUUUCACUCCUCAAUCGUAUAUAUUCUACAAAGACGUCAGCAAAUGUUACCCAUUAAUAAGUCGUCCGAAAUGCUAAAAACAUUUUCCUUUCUCAUGAAAACCACAAUUUUAUAAAAAACAACAUCUUAAGAUGACUCAUAGCUCAAAGAAUAUCAGUUGUGCUUUACUGUUAAUGCAAGCGUCAGUUUUGUUUUUUUUAAAUGAUGGAUAUCCAUUGUGGAAUAAAACUGUAUUUGAUUAUGGCUAGAUAUAAAAAUGCUCUGUUUAAAGGGUGAUGCCAAUUUCUUUUCUCUCUUUUUUUUAAUGUAAAGACAUUUUAUUUUAAUUAUAAUAUAUCAUCUUGUGUUAAUGUUUCCGGUGAUACUGAAAACCGCUUGCUUUCUCUGUUUCUGCUUAUGCAGUUGUUGAAUUUGUUCCACUGAUUUAUAUUUUUAUGGUUCAGUCUGUAGAAAGUGACAGAAAGUGCACUCCUCGAUGUAACAGAUCAUUUGCUUCAGCUGCCAAAGCUCUUUAAGUAACAGUUAGGUAUUUAACUACUGUUUAGCUCCAUGACAGUGUGAGUCAUGCGGCAGUGUUGAUGUGUACCGGCCAAAUAACCCGUCAUGGUUUAUAUUCACAGAGGAAAGCCCGAUCUAUUCAAUUCUACAUCAUGGCAGGUGAUAAUAAAAUUCAGGGUUUCUUUGA